CCGGGGCGAGUCCUCCGUUCGCAGCUGCGCAGCUUGAGAUUCCACAAAAAUACUAUUGGAGAAAUCCAAGUUUUUAUACAGUUUAGACCCCGGUCACUUCUGAAAAACCCUCUCAUUACCGACAGCUGACCUGGACAAGCUUUACGCAGCGACUCUCCAGAAGCCCGUGCAGAUCUCAGACGCGCAUCACCCAGUGAGAUCUGUGCGCGCAUCUCCAACACUGACGCGCAACCUCUCCAUCCGCCUCACUCUGGAGAGAGCCAUCGACGAGCACGCAUCUGACAGCAGAGCAUCACAGCACAAGAGUUUCAGUCAGAGAUCACACCGCUUUCCACGGUUUCGCUCUUGGAUGUGUGGACGAGUUUCACAUCAGUUGAAGUUGCUUGGAAGAAUGUGUUGGAAUUUUGUCUUUAUCUUCUGGACGGAGAGAGAUCGGUGCGCUCCCGCCGAGCACGCAACAAACUAAACACCUGGAACUCUAGCGUUCUGCAGAAAGUCGUUCUUUUCUAAGGGAAUUAUUUCGAAAGGCAGCGCUGAACCCGCACAGAGAAAGGUAAUGAGGGAUCGCACCUGAAGAUGGAGCUUUUCUGGAUUUUAUUAUUUUCUGUAUUCCUUCGCUACGUGCAAACGCAAGGAGUUUACGCUCCUGCUAACGCUCAGAUUGUGCAUUCUGGGCAGACGUGUGUGGUGAAGGAGGACAACAUCAGUGAAAGGAUCUACACCAUCAGAGAGGGGGACACUUUGGUUCUGCAGUGUCUGGUCAAAGGACACCCGCGGCCUCAGGUGCGGUGGACCAAGACAGCAGGCAGCGCUUCCGACAAGUUCCAGGAGACGUCCAUCUUCAAUGAGACUCUACGGAUCCCCAACAUCCAGAGAGUACAGGGUGGCCGCUACUACUGCAAAGCUGAGAACGGGGUGGGGGUGGCUGCCAUCAAGUCCAUUCGUGUAGAUGUGCAGUAUCUGGAUAAACCUGUGCUCACAGUGCACCAGACGGUGGGUGAUGUACGAGGGAACUACUAUCAGGAGAAAACAGUGUUUUUACGCUGUACGGUAAACUCUAACCCUCCUGCUCGCUUUAUCUGGAAACGAGGAAAUAAACCAAUCGAACAGAGCAAAGACAACGGAGUGGAUAUAUACGAGCCUCUGUACACACAGGGUGAGACAAAGGUGCUGAAACUGAAAAACCUCCGUCCACAGGACUUUGCUAAUUACACCUGUCAGGUGUCCGUCCGGAACGUGUGUGAUAUUCCAGACAGCUCGGUCACCUUUCGCCUUACCAACACCACUACACCCCCUGCUCUAAAGCUGUCAGUGAAUGAGACGUACGUGGUGGACCCAGGCCAAGACGUCACGCUGUCGUGUGAGGUAACGGCGGGCUUCCCCACACCUACGGUCAGCUGGUCGCGGUACCCUGGAUCCCUCCCUCAGCGGUCCAUGAUCCGAGGCGGGUCCCUCACUCUCCGGUCCGUCACUCCCACUGAUGCCGGCGUCUACAACUGCACAGCCGUCAACAAUGUGGGAAACCCUGCAAGAAGAACCGUCAACCUCAUUGUGAGAACCAUGAAGAACUUAACGUUCCAGAUCACGCCAGACUCCAACAAAGACAGCGAGAGCAUACAGAUGGGUCGAGACCUCAAACUUUCCUGCCACGUCGACGCCCAGCCUCAGGACAAGGUGAACUACACCUGGUACAAGAACGGAGCUCUCAUCUACCCCACUGACAGCCUCAUUGUGCUGCGCAGCGACCCAGACAUGCCGCCCGGUACCAGCAGCCUGGAAAUCGUGGACAUGAAGUUCAGAGAUCAGGCCACCUACAGCUGCGUAGCGAACUUCCCUGGGAGCAGCGUUCCUGAACUGCGAGUGGAUGUGAACAUCACGCAGAGCAGCGUCAUACCUCCUGUUCUGAGUGUGCCAGUCGGAGGGGGUGUGGUCAAUGUCAGUGAGGGCGGGACCUCAGAGCUUGUGUGUUUGGUCGAUGGUAAGCCCCGCCCACCCGUUCUGUGGUCCCGUGCAAACAAGGACCUGCCCAUGCCGUCGGGGGAUUGGGUGGUGGAAACACGCGAUGGACGUUUGCGGCUGACCAAUGUGACGCGGGACAUGAUGGGAGCGUACCGCUGCCAAACCGCUCCUUACAACGGCCUAAACAUCAAACGCCGACAGGCUCAGGUGCAGCUCAACGUAGAGUACCCUCCUGUUGUGGAUCCAGUCCUGCUGGAUGUCCGGUCUCAAACGUUUUCUACAGUCAAUCUCCGAUGCCUGAUUCUCAAGUCCAAUCCAAACCGAAUAGCCGGCGCCCGCUGGUAUCGCAAUGGGCUGCCCAUCCGAACCCCAACGGUGGACCCUCAAAGUGUCCCUCAGCUUCGCUUCAAGCUAGACACCACUAAUAAUGGCACUUACGAGUGCAGAGUGAGCAAUGGAGUCGGGACCUCAACCUGCACCUUCAUCGUGUCUGCUCAGCCGUAUAAUGCAGAGUUUUACUACGACACACCAAACCCCAUUCGCACCUUGAAGAACAAUUAUUCCUACAUCCUGCAGUGGACACAGAAAGAGCCCGGCGCCGUGGACAAAAUCAUUGGCUACUGGAUCAAUGUGCAACAGAACCGACAGACGGUUUUGUCCAAACAGAUCACCACUAAAGAGCCGGUGAAAGGUGUGCUGAUGUCCUACACGCUGACGGACUUGCGUAUUCCCCUGUCAUAUGAGGUCAGCCUCACUCCCAUAACCAGCUUCGGCACCGGAAACACAGUCACGCGCAGCAUCCAGUACUCAGAGCCCUACACUUACCCAAGACCUUCAGAUCAUGUGUGUGGGUUUGAGGACAUUAGGAUAUGUGGGUUCACUCAAGACCGCAGUGAUGUGUUUGACUGGACCAGACAGAACCACCUCACACAGAACCCCAAACGGUCGGUUAAUACAGGGCCGGAUACAGACAGGAGUGGGACGAAAGAAGGUUACUACAUGUAUAUUGAGACAUCACGGCCACGUCAGGCCGGGGAUCGAGCUCGUCUUCUCUCUCCAUUGUACAAUGUUACGGCAGCCCGAGGACCAACAGGGACCACCAGAACCCCUUACUGUGUCUCCUUCUACUACAACAUGAACGGAAAACAUAUUGGUACUCUCAAUGUUCUGAUGAGGGUGAAGAGCAUCGCCACUGUGGAUUCUGCCAUCUGGACUCUCUCUGGACACCAGGGGCCGGAAUGGAGGAAGGCAGAUGCUGAGAUCUAUCCGAGUGGACCCUUCCAGGUGGUGUUCGAAGGUAUCCGUGGCAACGGCUUUGAGGGAGACAUCGCUAUCGAUGAUGUUUCCGUUACCAAGGGGAAAUGCAAACAAAAGGAUAGCGUGGACAAAACAGCAGUUCUGUCUGGGACACACCAGAGUCUUCACCUUCUUCCUGCGAUCGUCCAGCUGCUCUGCACCAUAUGUCUGACAUUCCUCCUCAGAUGAUACAGAUACCCCUCAGCACACACACCGCCAGCGUAGGACACCCACCCCCCGCGGCAGCAAUAAGAACUGCCCCAACACGUGACCACCCUUCCGGCUACUGCCUCCUUCAUUUCCUCCUCUUUCUCAUUCCCUUUGUCCUAGCUUCACACCUCAAGUCUACUUUUUCUUUGGUUUCUCAUCAUCUUUGUGGUCACUUGUUGAGCUUAUGUCUGCUCCAUUGAUUUUGUCCAUUUCUGUCCAUAUGUCUUGACACCUUCAUCUCAGUCGCCCCUGUGUAUGUAUCUGACACACCAAAGUGUCAAUUAUUACCAAAGAUGACGGAGGGCUUACAGGAUGAACAGAUGGCUGAAAGAGCAACAAGAACGUCCUUUCCCCAAAUGAACUGCUCUUUCCACAGACUCAAGUGCAAGGAGAUGUGAUUUCCUUAAGACACUAUAAUAGCGUGAAUAGCGUGAGCCAGAACGGAUGAAUGAAACAGGUGGUCACGAAGCUACUGAUGACCUGAAUGGACCUGUACAUGCACGUGUACAUGGAAAGUAUCAAGCUGCAGAAAGGACAAAAAGACUCCAACUGUAACUUCUAGGACUACGACAAUGUGAAACUAAAGAAGCACAAAUUUAUAUCUUUUAUUUGUAGUUAUUUCGGUUCCUUUACGUGGUAUUCCGUCAGUCUGGGUUUGCUGUACACUUCUUGUCCUUUGGCUUUCUUAAGCAGCUGCUGCUGCAUUGCCGUUCAGUUCGUUACGGGGUAGAAUUUGAUUCCGAAAAUGACACAAUGUGAACUUUGGACCAGAAGAGCAUCAGUUACCUCACCCUUAAUCUACAAGAACCAUAAAGCACCUGGACAACUUAUGAGAACGAUCACUUUUAGCUUCAGUCAAACUGCCGGGAGAGUGUUGACUCACUGGGUCAGUCGUUCUCGUUCAGCAAUAGAACCAUACCUCUGACUGCAAGGGAUAUGAUUUGGGCACACAAACUCCAACAGAUGGACGCCUCUGGACAAACUCCACUCUUGGCUUUGAUGAUCAAGAAUGUCAGUUUGCAUAGUGUUAGAGAAAACGCAUGUACGUACAAGCUCUUCAAGGAUUUGCCAUUGACAAACUUCAGAUGUAUUUUAUUUUGGAAGUUUUGAGAUGGCAAGCAAACAGUGUUGAUGUGACAAGUUGAUCUAAAAGACACAAUGUUCAUCCUAUAGUAAUGCUGCAUUCCAUUUACAUCAGAAAGUUGGACUUUCUAGCUUCCUACUUGGGGAAACUGCAAUAGGAUGCCACUUGAAGUAGCAGUUGGAAUCCAUAAAUUUUAGUGAGAUGGUGGCAUCCAGUAAGAUGCACACACUUCUAAGCAAAUAAAAUAGUAAUCAGUAGGUUAAAGUUCCUGCAUUUAAUGAUGAUAAAACAUGUUUAGCAAACAUCUGCAGAUAAAUGAUCCUCUAAGAUGAUAAUCAUCCACCUGCAGAACAAAUGCUAGCACUGUGGAGCAUCAUUUAUCCUCUAAUAUGGCUGCUAGGGACUUCUUUGUUGACAAUCAAGAUCUGGACAGCAAACGGUAGCAUUGCCAUUUUAUUUUCUCAAACAUCAUCUUCCAAACUUUAGGCAGAUGGACGCCUUCAUGUUUGGAAGUCGGAGACAUCAAGUAGGAAUAUCCCACAUCUGACUUUAAAUGGAACGCAGCAUAAGUCACAGAUGCCAAUGGUUUGAGAUUCAGAUGCAAUAUGUUAUGGAUGAUCUUACCUUCAAAAUUGUGAAAUGUAGGCUACCCUCCCUGGAACUCUUUUUAAAAUAUGUCACGCUACUUAAAAUAACAUUUAAGCACAUGGUUACAGUUCAGUAGCAAUAUGUGAUUGUCAGACGUGUAAGGGCCGUCUGUCCGGUCCUUUUUGAAAGUUCAAGUACAUUUCAUCACAUGUAUCAUCACUGCAAGGGAAGGGCAGGCACAGAGCUUAUGACAAAAAGAAGGAACCAUUUGUGCCUCUGUUUGAGUGUCCUUUAUCAGAUUUGCAUAUGCUUAGAUGUUACGGUGCAAUCGUAUAUCCAGUAUAUAUUUCAAUUGCUUUGCUCUAGUACUACUCAUACUCGUAGUUCCAUCCACAGUGGAGCUUUAAGGUAAGUCUGUUUACAAUCAUAAAAUGUGCAAAAUGAUUUUCCGGCUUGUAAUAUUCGCUUGCGCUCAUAUUUAACCAGUUCAUAUUUAUCCUAAUGUGGCGUACGUCUGUCGCUGUUGAAGAGAUUAUCAUAGACUCGCUCCUCAGGUAAUUCCAUAGGUAACAGGGACAGGGCCUAGAAUAAUUCAACCCCAGUCCAGACACUCCCGCGGCUGUAAUACUGUUCCUCGUGUAAGUUACCGUAAACGCUCUGAACUCUUGCACAAUGCCUUCACUUCAUGUCAUGUAUAAUCAGCUAUCGUUUAUAAUCCAUGCUAAGUUUAGUAGGACCUACUACAGGACACGAACGAUUAGAUUUAACGCACGAAGGAAAAUGAGAGCGAAACAAUACGUGGAGGUUUAUGUCAUUUUACCUUGCAGGAUAGUGUGCGUUUAUGUAUUCCGGAUGUUUCCUUUGUUUCUUUUAGAUAUUCUGGCGUGCGUUUGGUGACUUCCCAAUAUGAGCCAGAAGCUGUCAUCCAUGUCUGUGACUGUUUGUGUUAUUCUUUGGUUUUGUAUUCAAACCAUGUCUGAUUGUUUCAUUUAAAUGGAUCUGGUGUACAAGUCUGCAUUUAUAAUUACAGUUUGAGGCAAAGGCGGGAUCUAAAUACUGUGCAAUAUAAGAUGAAGAUGAAGAUGAUGUUUUAUCAUGCAAUUCAAUGUCUAAGCUCAAAUAAGACAGGAAGUGCACCAUCACCCCUGAUGAUGAGCAAAUGAAUGUGAAUGUAAUCUAAUUAGAAUGUCAAAUCUGCUACUGGCUGACCGUCUUUGCAUUGUAAAUGAUGUGUUAAAUGGAGAUGGAAGUGCUUUGCUUAGUAACAUUAGCCAAAAUAUAUAAUAAAUGAACACAGAAGAGCAAGGGAUAUGUAAAAAUUGGCUGGAAAUUCCAUGUUGGCUUUUUUCUUUUUCUUUUUUACUGGCUACAUUCACAUGACAGAAUACAAUAGAACAUAAGAAGUUUAAACACAUUUUUAAGAAUUUAAUUUUUUUCUAAAAUGUUUGACAUUUUGAAACAUUCUGCAAGAUUUCAUUUUGUGAUUUGGUUAAUUUCCUUGUAUUUUCCUCCGGAAUACUUCAACAGCCAGGCUUAUUCUAUGGUUUUACUUAACUUAUACUUUACUUAUAAUUUGGCCAAGAUAUUAUUACAACUAUCUGAAAAUCUGGAAUUUGAGGUUGCAAAAAAUCUAAAUAUUAAGAAAAUCACCUUUAGAAUUGUCCAAAUGAAGUUCUUAGCAAUGCAUAUUACUAAUCAAAAAAUAA